AUGGUGCAAAAGGGACCCACACGGGUAGCUGCCAAUUUGUGGCUAGCAGGUCUUGAUCAGCUUCGCUCAGCCAGCCAGCUCGAGCAGCUCGGCAUUUCGCACAUUGUCAAUGCGACGAGAGAGCAUGCAGACGUAUUUCCGGAAGAAGGUUUUGUGAGGGUACGGAUCGCGGCUAGCGAUAAUGCUCAAGAAAGGCUUUCUCCUCAUUUCGAGCGGAUAGCAGAGCUGAUCAGGCAGGCAAGAGAUGCCGAAGGGGCCCAAGUGCUGAUUCAUUGUCACGAAGGGAUCUCCAGAAGCGCUACUUUGGCUCUGGCUGCUGUGCUCAUACUGGAUGGAAAAGGUCUGAGCGAGGCGAUCGAGCAGAUGAGAAGAUGCAGAGCUCCCGUCGAGGUGGAGCCCAACCCCUCCUUUCUCCACGAGCUCAGGCAGCUGGAACUUCGACUCUUCGGCAGAUUUACAGCAAACAAACUCACCAGACUGGACGAUUGUAGGUCGCCGAUCGCUGAGCACAGCGUCCGAGAAGACAUUGCACGAUUACUCGCUCGAGCGGCGUCGGAUCCUACAGCCAUCGAAGGGCUCUUUCCAGAAGCGGAUCACAUCGCAUUGCAGCUUGCGAGCAGCUUUGAGCGAGAUCAGACGUUCGAGAGGGACGCUUUGUGCAUGUUGGAGCAAUACGCGGUGGGGUUCAAACCUCAGCACGAAGCCGCGGCCAAGGUGCUUCUACAAAUCUUGCUCAGCUUGUCAAAGGAGCUCGGUUGCGGCGGCACUGCCCUUGUGCUUGGCAGACUGCAGCAAUGGCUUCGAGUCAAUCAGCUCGAGUUGCGAAUGGAUGCACCUCAGGCGCUUAAGCAUGCCAAUGCCAUCAUGCAAGCAUUGGCGGCAGCCGAGACGGACAAGAUGAAAUGA